GCAACAAAGUAGCAGCAGCUUGCCAUCAAGUUACUCACUUACACACUCUGGCAAUCGAAAGAGAGCAUGCAUGAUCAAUUCCAAUUAACACCUUCAGCAGAAGCAAAAGAGGUUUAGAUGGAACUACUAAAUGCAGAACCAUAUUCCAGCUGUCGGCCGAUAUCUAGUGGUUCAACGCAGAAAAUCGGCAUUUACUUUCGUAAAUUCUUGCAGAGCGCACAUUUCGUAACGGCGCUGAUUGCUUGUGAAGUGAAGUUAUAUUUGUGGUUGUAAGGGAUAUAAAGGAAACUGUGGAAAAAGGGUUAAAGUGCAGAGAUAUAAGGCCAAAACGCUUAAACUAAAUAAAAGAAAAUUUGAAGACAAAAUUUUUGGAAAGUAAAUUUAAAUAAAAAACAAAAAUGACUUCAAUCACCUUAAUCGCCGGUUUGUUAACGCUUGGCAUUGUCGGUUAUGUGAUAUGUAAGGAUAUUGAUGAGUAUCCAACAGUAUUAUCAUUUCGAAAUUCAUUAGAAGCACCUAUCGCAUCAAUGACCACCACCACUGACAUGCUUCAAAAUCAUUCACAUUCGAGAUCUCGUAGAUGGUUUCCAUUUUACACGAUUGGACGUUUUGCUAAUGAUGUCUGCACGGGAGCUAAUCUGUUGGCCGGCACGUGCGUGGUUCGUGGCGAAUGUAGUGAUAAUGGCGGAGUGGCAGCUGGUAGCUGCAAUUCGGUUACUACUCAAGCUGUUUGUUGCAUAUACCAAAAAGGUUGCGGUUCCAGCACAAGCUACAACAAUACCUAUUUCUAUAACUCAGGUUACCCAGGCACUUACAGCGGUGGCGGACGCUGCUCAAUUGUUGUCUCACCAUGCGAUGCGAAUAUCUGCCAGCUCCGCAUUGAUUUCCUGUCGUUGUCUAUUGCUCCACCGAGUGGUGAUGGUUUCUGUCUAACGGAUACCCUUACUAUUACCGGUGGCGCUUCGCGUGUUCCCACGAUUUGUGGUGAAAAUAGUGGACAACAUGUUUACGUCGAUUUUAAUGGCGAAUCUCCAAUUACAAUUUCAGUGGCUACAUCUUCUGACUACACAUUCAAUCGGCAAUGGCAACUACAAAUCGCUCAAAUUGCUUGUGCAUCUGCAACACAAGGACCCUCUGGUUGCCUGCAAUACUACAUGGACACAAGCGGAACAGUAUCAAGUUUCAACUAUGACUCUGCCGCCAAUUCUCUAACAAACUCAAUUGGUGUUCCAGGCACCCGACAAAUCGCCAAUCAGCAGUAUGGCAUUUGCGUACGCAUGGGCGCAGGCAUGUGCUCAAUUACGUGGAGUCAAGUGAGCUCAGAUUCAUACUCAUUUACGCUAACUAAUGAUGUAGCCGUUGUGGAUCCAUCGCUGCUCGGCACAGCGACUGUACAAAGUCAAGAAUGCACAACUGAUUUUAUUAUCAUACCAAAUCCAACACAGAAUAGUGCCUCAUUGGCUAGCGAUCGUUUUUGUGGACUGGGGUUGGUGGACACAACGAGUUCGACUAAACCAUUUGUUCUUUAUACAGUGACGAACGAAAAUGAGGACUUGGACAUGUCAAAUCGAGGCUUUUAUUUGUCGUAUUCGCAGAAUGCGUGUCCUGUAGUCUAGC